GGGGAGUGGAGAGGAAGCACGCAGCGCCACCCCAGGGGCUGAGAGGCGGCGGAGUUUAGCAGGCUAGUGAUAAUGCUGCAUUGCUUUUCUGCGGUAGCCCCUCUAGUGCUAUCCCCUCUUCUCCUCCUCCCUCCCCACCUCGUUCUUCCGAGAGCACCAGAGGCCCCAAACGUCGUCAUCUGCUGCUGUGAUUAGUGGCACCGCAAUUCCGGCUGCUGCGGGAACUUUGGGUGGCCCAGGGACACUAUGUCGUCAAAAGACACUUGGAUUGCGACAUUCGGACCCAGUGAUAUUUCAUUUAUCUUAAAUCUUUCAGGGAGAGGAUUUCAAGUUGCCCCUCUUUGGGGCAACCUCCAACGAGGGCCUAAGGGUUUCCCCAGGCCACUGAGCGGUGAGCAAACAAAUCUCCAAAUUUUCCUUCAGGACUGAAGUUUGUCCAUCGCGAAUUCUCUUUCUCUUUCCUUUCUCUGGUCCAAACCAACAACACCGUCGGUGGAAAAGCAAAAAGCCACGUUCACGUUCCUGCGCCGUAAUGACGGACAGACUGAAGGAGUCACAUUUCCGAAACCAGGAAGCCCUGGCUGCCCCGCACCCCCCGGCGCCCUCUCCCCCUCCCCCAGCUGACUGCAUCGCCUUUGGGAAGAUGAAUAGCUUGGCUGAAGUUGUUUUUCCUUUCCGGUGGCCCUGAUCAGGUGUCCCCGCCCCCUCCUGCCGUUCGCUCUCCCUCUCAGCCUUCUCUCGUCGCCCCCUCCCGGCCUGGCCCCUCCUCCCCCGCCCCCCUCCGGGCUGGACCGCGGAUGGUACGUUCCGCACGUGAGCUGGGUGCUGGUCUGGCCGGCGACGCGCGUGCCCUGUGGCCAAACACUGCCCGGAGUGAGAGCAAACUACCAGCGCAGUGGGGCCGACGCGAGUGUGCGUGCGUGUGUGUGCGUGUGUGUGCUAUAGAGAGCGAGCGCGGUGGGAGGGGGGGAACCAACUGCUUCACACUUUCAACACUGCACUGAAGAGGGAGAGAGAGAGAAAGAGACUGGGGACGCACAGAUCCCCCCAAGAUCUCCCAAAGCUACCAUCCCACAGAUUAUAGAACAGAACCCCAAAAAUCGAAACAGAGGAAACGGACAACGAUUGAACAUGGACGAAGGAAUUCCUCAUUUGCAAGAGAGACAGUUACUGGAACAUAGAGAUUUUAUAGGACUGGACUAUUCCUCUUUGUAUAUGUGCAAACCCAAAAGGAGCAUGAAGCGAGAUGAUAGCAAGGAUACCUACAAAUUACCACACAGAUUAAUAGAAAAGAAACGAAGAGACCGAAUUAAUGAAUGCAUUGCUCAGCUGAAAGAUUUACUGCCUGAACAUCUGAAGUUGACAACUCUGGGGCAUCUGGAGAAAGCGGUAGUCUUGGAAUUAACUUUGAAACACUUAAAAGCUUUAACAGCCUUAACCGAGCAGCAGCAUCAGAAGAUAAUUGCUUUACAGAAUGGGGAGCGAUCUCUGAAAUCGCCCAUUCAGUCCGACUUGGAUGCGUUCCACUCGGGAUUUCAAACAUGCGCCAAAGAAGUCUUGCAAUACCUCUCCCGGUUUGAGAGCUGGACGCCCAGGGAGCCGCGGUGUAUCCAGCUGAUCAACCACUUGCACGCGGUGGCCACCCAGUUCUUGCCCACCCCUCAGCUGUUGACUCAACAGGUCCCUCUGAGCAAAGGCACAGGCGCGCCCUCGUUCGCCGGGUCCGCAGCAGCCCCCUGCCUGGAGCGCGCUGGGCAGAAGCUGGAGCCCCUCGCCCACUGCGUUCCGGUCAUACAGCGGACUCAGCCAAGCGCCGAGCUCGCAGCCGAAAACGACACGGACACCGACAGCGGCUACGGCGGCGAAGCCGAGGCCAGGCCGGACCGCGAGAAAGGCAAAAGCGCUGGGGCGAGCCGCGUCACCAUCAAACAGGAGCCCCCCGGGGAGGACUCGCCGGCGCCUAAGAGGAUGAGGCUGGAUUCUCGUGGCGGCGCAGGGGGCGGUGCGGCUGCGCCCGCCCCGUUCCCGCUGCUGUACCCCGGCAUCCCCGCCCCAGCUGCCGCAGCCGCCGCUGCUGCCGCCGCCGCUGCCGCCGCUGCCUUUCCCUGCCUGUCCUCGGUGUUGUCGCCCCCUCCCGAGAAGGCGGUCGCCGCAGCCGCCGCCGCGACCCUCCUGCCUCACGAGGUGGCGCCCCCUGGGUCACUGCAUCCCCCUCACCCGCACGGGCGCACCCACCUGCCCUAUGCCGGCCCCCGCGAGCACGGGAACCCGGAGAGCUCUGCUCAGGAAGAUCCCUCGCAACCAGGGAAGGAAACUCCCUGAAACCUUGCGUCCCUUUCUUAGAAAGGACGAAGGUUCACGCGGAAUAAUAAUAUUAAGUUAAAACACCCUUAACGUUUUUAAGGGAGGAAGUGUAAUUGAUGCACGACCGGCUUUAAAAAAAACAACAGGUGUUUUGUGUACAUUUGGAGUUCUAUUUUGCUCAUCCUUCACCACCCCACCCUCCACACACUAACAUCCCUUUCUUCCCCCACCAGCUGUAAAAGAACCUUCGCGCUAGAUAUUGAUUCCUUUUUCUUUAAAGAACUCCCUGAAGUAAGUUUUGCCUACCUUUAGGCCACGUUCCAUUGUCUUUUAAAAUACAGAACCUAAUUCUCGAGGAAGUGAGAGGAGUCUCCUCUGUGGAUGAGCUGAUUGAACCAGGGUAUGGGAAAGGUGGCUGAGGAGUUGACAUCGAACAGCAAGUAGUUAUCUGUCAAUGACUCAAAGCUGUCUUGCCUGCUUCAGGAGACUUCUGCCUGAAAACAGAAUGAGGAUCUUAGAAUUGAAUUUACUCUUCAGUAUAUUAUAAAGUUCAACUCUUUAAAAGGCAUGUAUUUUUCAGAGGAAGAGGAGAAGAUGCAGUCGCUCAUGUUGCAACCUAUUCUGGAGUGGUUUGAAUGGUAUCCCUUAGUAACUUGCACUUGUUUAAAGAGACACGGAGUUGGGCCAUCGUCAGAACCAAGUCGGGGAAGGGGAUAGAUGAGGAAGGCCAGAAUUAUUCUUAGUAUAUUUGCUGGCACUUUAUUGAGAAAUUGACAAUGAAUCAAUUGACUCAUCGUAUGUAUACGUAUGUAUGUAUGUGUGUGUAUAUACACACAUAUAUACAUAUAUAUAGCAUCUAUUCCCACUCUGCCAUUAUUUAAUCCAUCACGUUCCUAGAUUUUGAUAAUCUUGCUGUAAAAAAAAGAAUGUGCACUGAAUUUAAAAAAGAAAACAAGUCCAAACUGAUUUAUCCUACAUUCUGUUAAAUCACAAGAGGAGGAAAAUAUUAAACUCAUCAGUUUUGAUUGGAAAUGCUGUAAAGAUGUGGAAUGAAGCCCUGUGAGGCCUUCCUAUAUCCAAGUCUAUGUAUUUUCUGGAGACCAAACCAGAUACCAGAUAAUCACAAAGAAAGCUUUUUUAAUAAGGCUUAAACCAAGACCUUGUCUAGAUAUUUUUAGUUUGUUGCCAAGGUAGCACUGUGAGAAAUCUCACUUGAAUGUUAUGUAAGGGGUGAGACACAACAGUCUGACUAUGAGAGAAGAAAAUAUCUGGGUCUUUUAGUCAGUUUGGUGCAUUUGCUGCUGCUGUUGCUACUGUUUGCCUCAAACGCUGUGUUUAAACAACGUUAAACUCUUAGCCUACAAGGUGGCUCUUAUGUACAUAGUUGUUAAUACAUCCAAUUAAUGAUGUCUGACAUGCUAUUUUUGUAGGGAGAAAAUAUGUGCUAAUGAUAUUUUGAGUUAAAAUAUCUUUUGGGGAAGAUUUGCUGAAAAGUUGCACUUUUGUUACAAUGCUUAUGCUUGGUACAAGCUUAUGCUGUCUUAAAUUAUUUUAAAAAAUAAAUACUGUCUGCAAGAAACCAGCUGGUUUAGAAAAGUUUAGUAUUUGAAAAUAAACUAGAAAUUAUCUUUAUAUUCCAGUAUUUUCAGCACUCCAUAAAUUCUAUUACCUAAAUAUUGCCACACUAUUUUGUGAUCUUAAAAUUCUUACUAAGGAAUAAAAAAUUUAAUAUACGAUA